AUGGCCAAGGUUGACCAGAAAGUCGUUCUGAUUGUAAUUGACGGUUGGGGUGUCUCUGGCCCCGAACCUGAAAAGGUUGGCGAUGCCAUCGCAGCCGCUGAGACUCCGGUCAUGUCGGGCUUCGCCGAAGCCAACUCGAAGACCGCCCAAGGUUACACCGAACUCGAGGCCUCAUCCCUCGCCGUCGGAUUGCCCGAAGGUCUCAUGGGAAACAGUGAGGUCGGCCACUUGAACAUUGGUGCUGGUCGUGUUGUCUGGCAGGACAGUGUGCGCAUCGACCAGACACUCAAGAAGGGAGAACUGAACAAGGUGGACAACAUCGCUGCCUCUUUCAAACGCGCCAAGGAGGGCAAUGGACGUCUGCACCUCCUGGGCCUCGUCUCCGAUGGCGGUGUUCACUCCAACAUCACUCACCUCAUCGGACUGCUGAAGGUGGCCAAGGAGAUGGAGAUCCCUCAGGUCUUCAUUCACUUCUUCGGCGAUGGCCGUGACACUGAUCCCAAGAGCUCCGCCAAGUACAUGCAGCAACUGCUCGACCAGACAAAGGAGAUUGGCAUCGGUGAGAUCGCUACUGUUGUUGGACGUUACUUUGCCAUGGACCGUGACAAGCGCUGGGACCGUGUUGAGGUCGCCAUGAAGGGUGUUGUUUCCGGAGAGGGCGAGGACAGCUCAGACCCCGUUAAGACGAUCGAAGAGCGUUACUCCAAUGGCGAGACCGAUGAGUUCCUGAAGCCCAUCAUUGUCGGCGGCAAGGAGAGACGUGUGCAGGACGACGACACCCUAUUCUUCUUCAACUACCGUUCCGACCGUGUCCGUGAGAUCACCCAGCUCCUCGGUGACUAUGACCGCUCCCCCAAGCCCGACUUCCCUUACCCCAAGAACAUCCACAUCACCACCAUGACCCAGUACAAGACCGACUACACCUUCCCCGUCGCCUUCCCUCCUCAGCACAUGGGCAACGUCCUGGCCGAAUGGCUCGGCAAGAAGGACGUCCAGCAAUGCCACGUCGCCGAGACCGAGAAGUACGCCCACGUCACUUUCUUCUUCAACGGUGGUAUCGAGAAGCAGUUCCCUGGCGAAGUCCGUGACAUGAUCCCCUCCCCCAAGGUUGCCACUUAUGACCUCGACCCCGAGAUGAGCGCCGCGGAUGUCGGCAAGAAAAUGGAGGAGCGCAUUGCCGAGGGCAAGUUCGAGUUCGUCAUGAACAACUUUGCUCCCCCGGACAUGGUUGGCCACACUGGUGUCUACGAGGCUGCCGUCAAGGGUGUUGCUGCCACCGAUAAGGCCAUUGGCGUCAUCUACGAGGCUUGCAAGAAGAACGGCUACGUGCUGUUCAUCACUGCCGACCAUGGAAACGCUGAGGAGAUGCUCAACGAGAAGGGCACUCCCAAGACAUCUCACACUACCAACAAGGUUCCAUUCAUCAUGGCCAACGCCCCCGAGGGCUGGAGCCUCAAGAAGGAGGGUGGUGUCCUUGGAGACGUUGCCCCGACUGUCCUCGCUGCCAUGGGCAUCGAGCAGCCUGAGGAGAUGUCUGGAACAAGCCUGCUGGAGAAGGCUUAG